AUGAGACCCUCGCCUCUCCCCUCUUCCUGGACCUCUGUUGGACCCAACAGCACCUCUGUGACCCAACCUGAGAGCCUGCCUGGGUUCUACUGCCGACCGAGACCCGAGAAUCAGGAGAACCAGGCAAGGAGAGGACAGGGGCUCAACCCAUGCAGUUAUCCCUGCCUGGCAGGCCCUGAGAUGGGCACAUAUACCAAGAGGAGUAGCCCCCUCCACCACAACCACCAAGAAGUGGCUGAGACUGGCUUCAUCAGUAGAACAGAGGAGGAAACGUCAGGGCGGCCACGUACAGCCUACAAAGUGGAGCAGAUAAACAGUCUGGAGAAGGCCUUCAAGAGAAAUGCCUACCUGGGCACUCAGGACAAGGCCGAGCUCUGCAAGAGACUCAACCUUACAGACAAACAGAUCCGUAACUGGUUCCAGAACAGGCGUAUGAGAAUGAAGAGGAUGGUCCAGGAUGUUCUGGCCCAAGCCUGCCAAGCUAAAGUAACCUCUCACCUGCUGCACUACACCGAGCUACAGGCCUACCGCCCUGGCCACAACCCCACCUACCAUCCCCAUCACGCAGGAGCCGAGGGGGGCACUUCCACCCCAUACCUCCACCCCCACUACAGCUCCUCCGUGGCCGGUCCAGCACUGCCCAGCCUCCCUGCCACCCCCAUGCACUCUUUAUACCAAUACGCCAGCCUCCCCGUUCUGGUGAUGCCCACUCCCGGGUCUAACCCACUGAUGGGGGCCUACCAGUCUCACUCUCACCUGUGUUAG